UCCUCACAACAAGCUCCUAGCUCCUAGGACAAGUACAGUUUUUUGAAGCUUUACAAAUCUUGGGCACCAAGUAUCUGUUAAUUCUGCUUAAUCAUGACUUCUAGCUUCCAUAUCCUGUCAGUCCUGGCUCUCGCCCUUACCAUCUGUGUGCAAGGUACUCUAGGAGAAAUAACAUGUGAACAUCUUGACCAAGACACAUGUGCCUACGCAAUCUCAUCGUCCGGCAAGCGUUGCGUGCUCGAAAAAAGUGUAAAAAGGACCGGAGAAGAAGCAUACACUUGCCGCGCAUCUGAAAUUGAGGCUGAUAGAUUAAGGAACUGGAUUGAAACAGACCAAUGCAUCAAAGCAUGUGGACUUGACAGAAAAUCACUUGGAAUCUCAUCGGAUUCUCUCCUUGAGUCUCGCUUCGCACAACAACUGUGCUCUCCUCAGUGCUACGAUAGCUGCCCUAACGUUGUCGAUCUUUACUUCAACCUUGCCGCUGCUGAAGGUGUGUUCCUCCCCGGCUUAUGUGAGGCACAAGAGGGAAAUGUCAGGAGAGGAUUGAUGGCUGAUAUCAAAAGUUCUGGUUUUGUUGCACCAGGACCAGUGAAGGCAGUGAAAUACACAGAUGCCCCAGCACCAGUUGAACCAGUUACAUACACUGUUAGUGUUUCCCCAGCAAUGUCACCUUAUUAAUUAACCCUCAUGCAAGGGAAAGCAAAGGAAACGAAAGUCUACAUGCAGAUAUUAGCAAGUGACAAUAAGGGAGUAGUGGCACCAACCAAGAUUUCAACAGCCGGCCGGCCUUGAGUAGUCCACCAUUAAUUAGCAUGAUGUGUGCAUACUAGCAUGUGCUGUGUUGGUCAUUUGAAUCAAUAAGGUGUUACCCAAGUGUCUUAAUUAAAGGUAGAUGUGGUGAGAAAUGUUUGUAUUACUUGCUUUAUGUUCUUGGUUCAUCCUCGUAGCUAGUGUCGUGUUUUUGCCUUUGAGCAAUCCAUUCAGUUGUAAGUCAUUGGCAUCCUUUUCUUUUCGAUUGUAUUAUAAAUACAGCCCCACUUUGUUUA